GUAGGAAGUAGAUGGUUGGUUUUGAACGAUCAAUUUUCGACGUAAAAAAACGACAUAUGCGCUCAAUUUCGUGUAAUUUGGUUUCGGGUUAAUCUUCAAAUAGUUUUUACUCAAUUAUAGUGUGAAUUACACGUAUUAUCGCAGUUGAAUACGCUAAAUUGCUUUCGGGUCUUUCGAUUAAUGUUAUUAACUGUUUAAAGUAAUUUCGAUAUUUUGAUGCGAUUUGUUUAUUCGUUUUUCCUCGACAAUUGCCGUGACUUUAUUGGUUUCGGAUACAGUUAGUGACUUUGUGCGCUUUUUAUCAGCGGACGACAAUCGGGUCUCUUUUGGUGACUUGGUUUCCCGGCUUAAUUGCUAGUGUGUUACAGUUUGCGCAGUGAGCUGCUGGGCAUUUCCCAGUUUAUUCAAGACGCCUCCGAAUUUCAUCAAAGUGGAAAACAAACCUUUCACAACGUUAAACUUCACGGAUCUCGGGUCCCCGUUCGGGGGACCAAACGAGGAUCCGCCAGGGACUCCUACGAUGUCGGGCGAGCCUCAUCUGGGUCCUCCCACCCCUCACGACUCCAGCAACUCUACGCCAGUAUCGAAAAGUGCUUUUAUCGAGCUCCAACAGCACGGUUACGGUCCCUUACGGACAUCCUAUCAGCACCACUUUAAUUCGCCGGCGGGAAAUGCGCAUUCAGGACCCCCAGGUGCCCACGAUACGGGCUUUCCGAGCCCAAGAGGCGCCCUUGGCGCCUAUCCGUUUCCUCCGAUGCAUCAGAAUUCGUAUACCGGAUACCAUUUAGGAUCCUACGCAUCGAACUGUCCUCCAUCGCCUAAAGAUGAUGAAAAAUGUUUAUCGCUGGAAAGGCCUUCAGGAGGCGGAAAAGGGAAGAAAAUGAGGAAACCGCGCACAAUCUAUUCAAGUCUUCAACUACAGCAACUAAAUCGGCGAUUUCAACGCACACAAUAUCUGGCCCUGCCCGAACGGGCCGAAUUGGCUGCCAGCUUAGGAUUAACACAAACUCAGGUGAAAAUAUGGUUCCAGAAUCGGCGCAGCAAAUACAAGAAAAUGAUGAAGGCAGCACAGGUGACGGGCGGCACGAAUAAUAAUGGCAACCCCAGUUCGCAUUCGGGACUUCUCGGUGGCAAUGGGAACCUUCCUCCAACGAGUCCAGGGCCGCAAAGCCAGAAUAUGAUGCAAGGUAGGAUCAAACUUGAAGGGGGUGGUUCUUCGAGUGGUUCGCCUGCAACUGGCGGCUACAUGCAACAUCCGAGUCCCACACCGAGUUCGACGCCCGGCUCCGAUAUGUCAGGACAACCAGCGCCCAGUCCAGGUGGCGGCUGGGACGUGAAACCGCAGCAGCCGAUCCACGCCCACCCUCCACACCCAACGCCGCACCCUCACCCUCACCCGCCCACCCACAACUACCUCCCGCAGUAUUCGUGGUAUCCGACGGAUAAUCCCGGUCUAUUAACGGUAUGGCCAGCUGUGUAAUACACUCCGAAGAUUAGUUGCUAAUUUAGAAACUUUACAAAACUCUAUUGACAAAGAAGAAACUGUGACCAGUGAUUGUGUAAAUGUUAUUUUUAUUGUUGUUGAAUUUCAUUGUUUUUUUUCUUUUGAUUCCUUUAGGCUGUAACAUAGUGACUAACUAACUAUCAGAGUGUAGAUCUCAGAAAUGGUGGCUGGUUUUGCUUUGUUUUGGCUGUCCGAACAAGGAAAACCGUAUCAAAGUAAAAUAGAUGAUUCUGGUGCAAUAUGAGUAUGAUAUUUUUCACUAUCCAGUGGCAUAAUUGGAUGGAUGUUGCAAAAAAUUAGUUUAAUUUGGAGGAUUUUUCAAUUGUGUCUGUUUGAACCAGUUUUUUUCAAAAAUUCAUAAGCUCUAACGUAACUGCUUUUAACCAUCAAGAGGUGAGACAUCCUGUAUAUUAUGUCACUGUUCAAAUAUUUCAAUUCCCGAUUACUAAUCGAACAGCGCUUUACAAUACGAUGUAAUAUAGACUUCUGCAACCGAAAGUAUUUGAAGCAACAAGCUAAUCACCAAAGAAGAUCCUGAUUUGUUCAUGUUUUCAGUUGCGAAAUUUAAUUAAUAAAAUAAAUAAUUAAUGGCGGUCUUAUAUUACAUCAAAUUCGCGUAAUUUGUUCAGUUUAACAUGUUUUUUGUUGGAGUAUAAAUUUGUCCCGUAGAUUUGAAUGUUGGGCUAUGCGGUAAUGGAAUUAUAAAUAUUUUGUAAAAUAUACCCGAGUACUUGCCAUUAGUGGGGCAAGGUUACUGAGAGUAGCGAUUCCUGUAAUAUAUUAUUAUUAUUAUACCAUAAAACAUAGAUGUUGAUGAAUGAUGGUUGAAUGUAAGACAGAUCAUGUACCUUAUGUAAAGUAGUUUUAAUUAAUUAUUGUCUGUCUUAAAUCUAGGCAAAAUAUGAUAUUGAAAAGGAAAAGAUGACUAUUUCUAAAUGUGUAAAAUAAACGAAAUUCUACUUUA